AAAAAAAAUCUAGCGGCAAGCGGCGACAACGGCGUUCAAUUGUUAGGUUAUAAACCAAACAAUAUUGGAAUUCUUCUUUUUUAAACCUAGAAAAGGAAUAAAACUGAAAAAUGGCGGCCGCUAUGCCAAUAAACCCUAAACCUUUCCUGAACAAUCUCACUGGUAAAGCUGUUCUUGUAAAACUAAAAUGGGGACAUGAAUACAAAGGUAUUCUUGUAUCUGCAGAUGGAUACAUGAAUAUACAGCUUGCAAACACUGAAGAAAUGGUUGAUGGAAAUGCCACAGGCAACCUUGGGGAAGUACUGAUCAGAUGUAACAAUGUUUUGUAUGUACGAGGAGCAGAAGAGGAAGAUGAAGAAGGAGAAAUGAAAGAAUAGCUAAAGGAGUAAUUUAGAUUUAAGUUAUGUUAAGCAUUUCAUGGUGUGACUGUUGCAUUAGACACUGAGGUAUUAUGGGUACAAAAUGUAUUGUACCUAGUCUAAAAUAUAAGACAACAUAAGGAACUGUAAAAUGAAAUAUUGCAUCUACAUUUUUAAUAAUUUCUACACCAUUGUCUGCAUCAUUCUUGAAAAUGUGAUUCCUUAGAAUAUAAGCAACCAAUCUAAAAA